AGGCCGCGGAGCUGCGGCCGCCGCCAUAUUAAGGACCGCGGAGCCCGGGAGUCUGACAGCGGCCGCCGCGGCCGGGACGUGGCCGAGCUGCGGGGUCGGAGGCGGGGGCGGCGCGGCGCCGGGCGAGGUGGGGCCGGCGGAGCCAGCGGGCGACGGGAGCGAGCCAGGGUGACCUGGGCCGGGAGGCCGCGCCCUGCCCUGCCACACCAUGGACCAGGACUACGAGAGGCGUCUCCUCCGGCAGAUCGUCAUCCAGAACGAGAACACGAUGCCCUGUGUCGCAGAGAUGCGGCGCACCCUGACGCCCGCCAGCUCCCCGGUGUCCUCUCCCAGCAAGCACGGGGACCGCUUCAUCCCCUCGCGGGCCGGAGCCAACUGGAGUGUGAACUUCCACCGGAUCAACGAAAAUGAGAAGUCUCCCAGCCAGAAUCGGAAGGCCAAGGACGCCACCUCGGACAACGGCAAGGACGGCCUGGCCUACUCAGCCCUGCUGAAGAACGAGCUGCUCGGGGCCGGCAUCGAGAAGGUGCAGGACCCCCAGACGGAGGAUCGCAGGCUGCAGCCCUCCACGCCCGAGAAGAAGAGCCUCUUCACGUAUUCCCUCAGUACCAAGCGCUCGAGCCCUGACGACGGCAACGAGGUGUCCCCCUACUCCUUGUCCCCCGUCAGCAACAAGAGUCAGAAGUUGCUGAGGUCCCCCCGGAAACCCACGCGCAAAAUCUCCAAGAUCCCCUUCAAGGUCCUGGACGCCCCCGAGCUGCAGGACGACUUCUACCUGAACCUGGUGGACUGGUCGUCUCUCAACGUGCUCAGCGUGGGGCUGGGCACCUGCGUGUACCUGUGGAGCGCCUGCACCAGCCAGGUGACCCGGCUCUGCGACCUGUCCGUAGAAGGGGACUCCGUGACCUCCGUGGGCUGGUCUGAGCGGGGGAACCUGGUGGCCGUCGGCACCCACAAAGGCUUUGUGCAGAUCUGGGAUGCAGCCGCGGGGAAGAAGCUGUCCAUGCUGGAAGGCCACACGGCGCGUGUCGGGGCCCUGGCCUGGAACGCCGACCAGCUGUCGUCCGGCAGCCGCGACCGCACCAUCCUGCAGAGGGACGUCCGCAGCCCCCCGCUGCAGUCGGAGCGGCGCCUGCAGGGCCACCGGCAGGAGGUGUGCGGGCUCAAGUGGUCCACGGACCACCAGCUGCUGGCCUCGGGGGGCAACGACAACAAGGUACACACACACCCCCCCCCCCCCCGCUGGCCACUUCCCUGCCUGCCCCGGCCCUGGUCCUGGUGGGGGGCUCGUGGUGGGGGUCCCGGCCUCACAGCGCCCCGUCCCGCCCACCCCGGCCCUGGUCUUGCCGACCCGCCCGCCCCUGGGGUGCCCCGUUGA